CUGAGGACCCCAGUGAUCUCUGCUGCGGCACCCCACCAUCAUCACUACAGAGAAAACUGGCUAUGUGUGUGAUGACGGGACGAUGCAGGGGAUGGAGCAUCGUGACAUCAUGGCUCCUCCCCCGUGACGUCACGUGUGACGAUGACUCAGAUUACGAUACCCAAUUUGUUUUCCCCGUCCCCUGUAACAUGGAUUGUGGCCAGAGGGGCAUCAAAGAAAGCUGGAACCAGCUCUAAAAACUUAGGAGGAAAAAGUGCAGGCAGGAGAUAUGGUUUCAAGAAAUUAGAUGGUGAAUUUGUCCAUGCUGGAAACAUCCUUGCUACUCAAAGAUUAAUGCGUUGGCAUCCAGGAUCUCAGGUGGGAAUUGGACGUAACAAGACGUUGUUUGCUUUGGAAGAUGGUCUAGUGCGCUACACAAAAGAAGUCUACAUACCACAUCCUCGCAGCAAGGACAGCAUCAGUGUUGUCAGUAAACUGCCAUUUGGUACUGUUCUUUACAAAACCUUUAUAAAUGUUAUUCCUAAGCCGAAGGAACACAGCUUUAAACUUGUAGAAAUGAUGUGACAUUGUUUUCUAAUAAAGUUUAUUUAAUACA